AUGAUAAAAUCAAAUUCAAAUAAUGAUCGACUUUUUUUAAGUCGUCUCUCGGAAGCAUACAAAUGUCGUUCAGGUGAUAAUGUUAUUCUUGAGUGUUAUGUCCGUCAUCAACGAAUUAAAUCUAUUGCAUGGUAUGCAAAAGGUGAGCUUGUUGAUAAAAGAGGCGUUCGUGUUUGGCAUCGCUAUGAACCAAGAACAGGUCAAUGUAUACUUUAUUUACGUUCUGUAUUUAAAUGUGAUGAAGGUUCAUAUUGUUGUGAAGCAACAAGUAUCGAUAAUGUUGUUGAAACAUUAGAAAUCAAAUUAAUGAUUGAUAAUCGUGAUAAAUCUUGGACUAAAGUUCCAGUACUUUAUAUGGCUGGACGUGUCGUACCUGGUGGUGCUAAACAAUUAAUGGCUAGUUGUAAAAAAUGA